AAAGAAAUUAAUGGUGUUGCGUCAAAGAUAAGAGUCACUGCUUGGACCUCAUUGCAACACUCUACUAUUCUCUGCUCUCUCUCUCCAGCCUCGCUUUCUCUUUAUCUUAAUCGGCAUUUGGUUUUCUGGGUUGGUGGGAUUUCAGAUGGAGAGGCUCCGUAGAGUUAGAAUGCUACUUUUCGUGGCGGUUUUCAUGGUGGUGCAGAGGCAAUCCUGGCCGGUGACGGCGGAUGUCGCGGCGAAGUCCAAGUACCAGAUCGAGUGCACAAUGUGCUCUGCUUGUGACAACCCAUGCAACCAAGUGCCGUCGCCCCCACCGCCGAAUCCGUCUCCCCCGCCUCCGUCGCCUCCACCGCCGUCGUCGAGCUCCAACUGCCCGCCACCGCCUUCCCCGCCCAGCAAUCCUACUUACUACUACUCCCCGCCGCCCCCCUCGCAGCCCACCUACGUGUACUCCUCUCCUCCGCCGCCCAAUGGCUACAACGGAGGCGGCGGCGGUGGCGGUGGAGCUUUCUAUUCGCCGCCGUAUCAGAACUACCCUGCACCGCCGCCCCCGAACCCCAUCGUACCGUACUUCCCGUUCUGGUACCACAACCCUCCGCCGACGUCGGCGGCCAACUCUGUCUACUUUUCGGACUCUACAGUUUACACUAUCGCUCUGAUUUCUCUCUUAUUCUGUUUCCUUUAAACACCCCCCCCCCCUAAAAAAAAAAAACAAAACAAAAAAAAUAAAACAAAAGAGAUUGAAAAUAAUUGUGGGAAAUUGGCAGAUCUUCAAGUUGCAGGGGUUGUGAUCUUGAAGGAGAAAAGGUGACAGACUUCAGCAAGAGCCACGAGAACGAGAAAAGCUUCACCAUUUCCGGAAAUGCCCUUCAUUGACAGAAAGAAGAUGAAGAAGACAAAGAAACUCUGCAAAUCAAAGCAAGAACGAUGAAUGAAGUAAAAUCUCUCCCCUGGUCUCUCUGUAGAGUGUUAUCCAUCUGUAAUUUUCUUCACAAUUGUGACCCUUUUUCUUAAUUAUCAUAAAAAAUAAAGAGAUUAGAUAUUUUCCAUCCA